GAGUCGCCGCCGCCAUUUUGUGAGUGGUCCCCCACUGCCGCGUCCGCUUCUCUCUCUCUCUCUCUCUCUCUGUGUCUGUGUCUCUGUGACUGUGUCCCUCACCAGCGGAGCCGGAGGCCUCUCUGUGUCGCGCACUGGAGCAUGGUGUUAAGGCACUGACUGUUCGCUCAGUCAUGGCUGAUAAAAGGAAAUUGCAAGGAGAGAUUGACCGGUGUCUGAAGAAAGUCAGUGAAGGUGUAGAAACCUUUGAAGACAUCUGGCAAAAGGUAGAGGUUCACAGCGCAGCGAACGCGAAUCAGAAGGAAAAGUAUGAAGCUGACCUGAAGAAAGAGAUCAAGAAACUACAGAGGUUGCGAGACCAAAUAAAAACAUGGGUGGCCUCCAACGAAAUCAAGGACAAGAGGCAACUUCAGGAGAACAGGAAGCUGAUUGAGACGCAAAUGGAAAGGUUCAAGAUCGUGGAAAGAGAAACAAAGACCAAAGCUUACUCUAAAGAAGGAUUGGGGUCAGCGACCAAGGUGGACCCCGCACAGAAAGAGAAGGAAGAAAUCUGCCAAUGGCUGACGAAUACAAUAGACACUUUAAACAUGCAGGUCGACCUCUUCGAAAGUGAAAUGGAAACGUUAUCAGCCGUGACGAGGAAAAAAAAGGGGGAAAAGGAGAAACAAGACCGCUUGGAGGAACUAAAACAGCACAUUGAGAGGCACAGGUACCACGUUAAAAUGCUGGAAACGCUGCUCCGCAUGUUAGACAACAGUACCAUAGAAGUGGACCAGAUAAAGAAAAUCAAAGACGACGUGGAGUACUAUGUUGAUUCCUCCCAAGAUCCCGACUUUAAAGAGAAUGAGUUUUUAUACGAUGACCUUGAUUUGGAGGAUAUAGCACAAACGUCGAUAAUGGCCACCUCGCCGGCCAGCAACAGCAACAGCAAUGUGGAGGACGAGCUAUUUAUCCCGUGUAACAGUACGCCCACCUCCACAACCUCCAGCUCGCCCGUGCCGCUCAGUCCUGCCAACCCGUUAGUGGAAAACCACGAGGAUGAAAGGAAACGGAGCCGAUCGGACAGUGAAAUGAGCAUGUCUCCAGCGAAGGUGAUUGGCAGUAAACCUCACCACAGCAACAACCUUCCGCCAUCCAUCGCUAUCUCACAGAGCUCCCAGGUGCUGAGCAGCACGAGGCCGCCUGCGUUGCCCCCCAACGGCUCCAGCAAUGGGGGCAGCAAACUGCUGCAGGCCAGCAAGAGCUACUCGGCGACUCAGGCCCCCAUCUCUGUGUCAGCCUACGCGGCGGCUGUGGCCACGGGCACCACCACCAUCAGCAGCAGCAGCGUGGGCAGCAUCAGCAGCAGCUCGUUCCAGGCCAGGCCGGCCAACGCCGUGCCCAUCCCUGCCACCAAACAGCAGAACGGCACCGCAAGUUACAGUGCCGUGGUGGCUGAGAACAGCGUGGAGCAGCCGAACAGCUACAGUCUUCCUUCCAGUACAAACAGCCAGCCGAGCAGCACGACGCCCGUACAGAACAGCGUGAAAGAGCCCGUCAGCGUGUCUGUAGCCAACACGACGAACAUCAUCCCCGUGCUCGCCGCCAGCCAGGUCAACACACAAGCCUCCAACUUCACUGAUCUGAAGCCCAGCACGGCCAUGAUGAACGGACCCUUGCCUUUCGUCUCACAGGAACUGAAGCAAGCUCCUGAGACCCUGAGCUCUUUAAAAAGCAUGGCGGAGCGGGCGGCUGUCAGUGCCGGGCUGGAGGAACAAAUCCAGUCUUUGCACCUGAAUGAGAGGGAUCUCUUCAGCACACCGCCCACCCAGAACAACUCCAUGCCCCCCAGCGUCCCACAGACAACUGAAGUUCACCUGCAGCCAGUGCUCGGCGUGUGCCCGCUCAGCCCAGUGCAUCUUUCCAAGGACCAAGAAUACCAGCUGCACAUGGUGGAAUCAGCCUGGCUCCACAUGCCUCACCCCUCAGACUCUGAGAGGAUACGACACUACCUCCCGCGCAAUCCGUGUCCGACACCGCCUUACCAUCACCAGAUUCCUCCGGUCCACUCUGACACCCUGGAAUUCUACCAGCGAUUGUCCACAGAAACUCUCUUUUUCAUCUUUUAUUACCUGGAGGGGACCAAGUCCCAAUAUUUAGCUGCAAAAGCACUGAAGAAGCAGUCAUGGAGAUUCCACACCAAGUACAUGAUGUGGUUCCAGAGGCACGAAGAGCCAAAAACAAUCACCGAUGAAUAUGAACAGGGAACAUAUAUUUACUUUGACUACGAGAAGUGGGGCCAGCGCAAAAAGGAAGGCUUCACAUUUGAAUACAGGUACUUGGAGGACAGAGAUCUGCAGUAACCAGGAGGUGUGCCCUGCUGUGUGUGUGGCUGGGUUCUGCCCCCUCCCUCAAGUGCUGCUCAUUGAACCCUUUAUACCCGAAUUAUCAGGCUUACAGUCUGAAAGGGAAGGAGAAAAUGUUCUUAGAAGAGAACUCUUUUUUGUUUAAGAGACCUUGUACAAUUUGCAACAAGAGAGAGACAAAAAAAAGGCGAGAAAAUGUUGUACAUCAUGUAUUUUGUUCUAACCUGUGCAUAAGAUAUUGUAUUGGAAAAUACUUUGUCAGGGUUCUGUACAGUUCUGCGUUUAAAAGAAAAAAAAAUAAGCAGCUAGUGCUUGUAUGAAAAAAAUAAAACAUUUUUCAUGUAA